AUGUACAACAAUGUUCAAACGACCAUCGAAUACGUCGAACAGGAAAUGGAUUUCUGCGAACGCUCAAAUCAAGAAGCCCUGAUAGAACUAGAAUAUGGAAAGAUGCCUCUCAAUCGUACACGCCGUAGUGGGUUUGGCACGAGAGGCGCCGCCUAUGGUGACGAGGUAACUGGAACGCCCCUUGAAACAGAAUGCCCUGGUUGCUGCAUUCCUGGCCCACCUGGACCUCGUGGUCCUUCUGGUACACCUGGUACACCGGGUACACCAGGACAGGCGGGUAAGCCUGGUAUGCCUGGAAUCACGCCCAACCAAACGUGUCCAAUGAACAUUAUGCGCGAACCACCACCGUGCCGCCCGUGCCCGAAAGGCCCUCCUGGAAUCAAAGGAUGGCCAGGAUUUCCUGGAGAUGUUGGCCCACCUGGUCCACCCGGAGAGAAAGGAUUGGAUGGUGAAGAUGGUGCACCCGGAGACCCUGGACCAAAAGGACCACCUGGGUACAAGGGAGGACCGGGAGCGCCUGGAGACAAAGGACCAACACCAGAAGGAGAGUUGCGCGAAGGCCCACCUGGUGACGAAGGACCGCCUGGACCUAUUGGAGCCAGCGGAAUGCCUGGAUUACCCGGCCGCGGUGGAAUGACAGGUCCACAAGGAGAACGAGGUUGGCCAGGAGUACCAGGUGAAACCGGCGAGGCAGGAUAUCCCGGACCAGAGGGACCGAUGGGCGGACAGGGACCACCUGGUGAGCCAGGAGUUUGUGUAUGCCAGAAUGUGGACUCGAUACUGCUUGUGAACCCCGGAUCACAGCCACGACUUGAAGUUGAGGAGGAGAACCAGUCACAACCCGCUGUGAGCUUCGGUCGCCCUGGUGGUUACGGUAGAUGA